UUUCUCUUUUCUUCGCCCAAAAAAUUCACAAACUCACAAAAAAAAAAAAAAAAUCAAACUUUCUCACUCUCUCAAAAAAGAAGAAGAAAAAAAAAAGAGCUAAAACGACUGCGUUUCAACCAAAACACUCAAUACGACGCCGUAUUACAAACAUUCAUUCUCCUUCACUAUUAAGUAAACGUAACAAUCGUAAACAACGUUCUUCUUCCUCUCUCUUAUACAAAUCGCGAUUCGCUCUUCUCUUCGCAAAAAAUCUAGAUCGAGAAGAAGAGUUAUUGGAUCAGCGAUUUGUGUUGGUGAAAGAUGGGGUUAACGUUCACGAAGCUGUUCAGUAGGUUAUUCGCGAAGAAGGAAAUGAGAAUUUUGAUGGUUGGUCUUGAUGCUGCUGGUAAGACUACUAUUUUGUAUAAACUCAAGCUUGGAGAAAUCGUUACUACUAUCCCAACCAUUGGAUUUAAUGUUGAAACCGUGGAGUACAAGAACAUCAGCUUCACCGUGUGGGAUGUUGGGGGUCAGGACAAGAUCCGUCCAUUGUGGAGGCACUACUUCCAGAACACCCAGGGUCUUAUUUUUGUGGUUGAUAGCAAUGAUAGAGACCGAGUGGUUGAGGCAAGGGAUGAGUUGCACAGGAUGUUGAAUGAGGAUGAACUUAGAGAUGCUGUUUUGCUUGUUUUUGCCAACAAACAAGAUCUUCCCAAUGCAAUGAAUGCUGCAGAAAUAACUGACAAACUUGGACUUCAUUCACUCCGCCAACGCCACUGGUAUAUUCAGAGCACUUGUGCAACUUCUGGAGAGGGUCUUUACGAGGGUUUGGACUGGCUUUCUAACAACAUUGCUAGCAAGGCAUAAAGAAACAUUUGAAAAUUUUUGGGUGUGAUCUGAUCAUUUCCUGUGAGUCUGGUGGUUCUUGAAGAAGGAUGCUUUUCCUUUCAAGUGAAUAUUGUAAUAGAUGAAUGAUUGUUAGAAAUAUUCUCAUCUUCAGUGUUACUUGAGUCUGUAUGAUUGCUUAAAUGAGCUAAUACUUUUAGCUAUAAUUGGAACUCCUACAAUCUGUUUUGGUGUGCCUUCAUGUUUAUUCUAUUAGUUUGAUUAUCGGUUGAAUA